UAUUUCCUGGAAAAACUUUAAAACUGAUAGAUACAUUUCGUUAUAAGGCUUUACCGCACAGAAGAAUCAGUUCUUUUGGGGAAAACAUAAAAAAAGAAAGCAGCAAAAGGAAAACGCAACUCAAGGACCAGAUGAUGUAAAUAUGGUGACAUGAACGGUUACGAACUGGGAGGGAAGGUGAGAAGGUUCCAUGUGCUGUGAGGUUCUUUGUUUAGUACAAUGGACUUACAAUUAGUUAAAUGGAGAUAAGUCCCACAUCCAAGUUGUCAACGAAUCUUCCCGAAAAAAUUAAAAUGUAUUGAAACAUUAACCAUCACUACACAAAAAAUAUAUAUUAUAUGUCCUUUCACACUACACCUCACAAUCUAAUCGUCAACUUCUGCUAUAAAGGCCUCCUCUCCAAACUUUCCCCAUAUACACAAGUCUGUCAAAAAGACCUAUGAUCUGUUGCUCUUUACAUUGCCAAUACGGCAAAUCCUCUUUAUUCUCUCUAUUCUUGUUCUUGUUCUUGUUCUUGUUGAGUUCAUUUUUAUUUUUUCACAGCCAUGUUUGGUUCUACUUUCGAACUGAUCACUCAGGCAGCAUCCAACUCUAUAUUUGUCUUUUGCUUCUGCAAUUUGAUCAUUGCCAUGAUCCUCAUAGCAUCAAAUUCAAAACAGGGUCAUAACUGCAAUCAAGAUAGACAAGUUCCUAUCUCAAUAGUCACCAACACAUGCACAAACGGGAAACAUGCUGCAGUAAAGCAUUUAUUCGGUGGAAACAAAAUGGUGUUAGAAGAUAGCAGAGUGUCAAACGCCCAAGAAACACCAAUGGCCAAAGACAAAGGAAGUGAUAACUGUGACGACUACAAGAAGGACAAUGAAAACGAUGAGUUUCGGAGAAGAGUUGAAGAAUUUAUCGAUAAAGUUAAUAGGGGUUGGAAGGCAGAGUCAUUGAGGACGUCAUACGUAGUUUAGAAAUUGAAAGAAGGAUGAUAACAGUACCAUGUCCAUCGAGUACAUAUUAGUGCCGCCGCUGCUCUACACUGAUUCCCUCUCUCCAUCUUUCUCUUCUAAGUUAUACAGUGAAAAGAAAUUUUGAUUAUUAUCAUCUGAAGAUGAAAUUUAUAGUAUAUAAAUGAACUGGUUGACUUGCUGUAU